AUGGCGACCGAAUCCUCAACCCCGGCCACCGUCGCGACAACCGCCGAAGUCACUCCUCUCCCACCCUUCUCUCCCGACCUCUACCAACGCGCCUGGGCCUCCAUCCCGCACCCUACCCUCCCUCUAAUCGCCACCUGCCACCACCACUCCGUCACCGUCUUCUCGCUCUCCACGCUCUCCAAACACUCCGUCCUGACGGGCGGCCACACCCGCUCCGUGCGCACGGCUGCCUGGCAACCUCCUCGCGGCAAGGUUUCUUCUUCCAGCAAGGAAACAAAGAGGCUGAGGCUGGUCACGGGCAGCUUCGAUACCACGGCUGGAGUAUGGACUUGGGACCAGGGACGGAGGGAAGAGAGGCUGGAACAGGAGGUGCGACUACAGAAUAAGUCUGGGGAUGACAAGGAUAAGGACGAGGAGGAAGAAGAAGAAGAAGAAGAAGACGAGUGGGAACUAACGCUCGUCCUAGAGGGUCACGAGAAUGAAGUCAAAAGCGUCAAUUACUCCCCCUCGGGCCAAUACCUCGCUACAUGCUCUAGAGACAAAAGCGUGUGGAUCUGGGAAGAUGUUGGAAAUCCCAACCCAUCUUCUGAAGAAGAAGGGGAGGAUGAGGACGAGGACGAAGAUGAAUGGGAAACAGUAGCCGUACUACAAGAACACGACGGCGACGUCAAAGCCGUAGCUUGGUGUCCUGACGUUCCCGGCCGCAAGAGCAAGCACGCGCCCGCGAGAAGAUACGGCGAUGAUGUCCUGGCGAGCGCGAGCUACGAUAACACGGUGCGGCUGUGGAGGGAGGAUGGCGAUGGCGAGUGGGUGUGCGUUGCGGUGUUGGAGGGGCACGAGGGGACGGUGUGGGGAGUUGCGUGGGAGGGGAAGCCUAGGGAGAACGAUAAGUUCCCGAGACUGUUGAGCUGGGGAGCGGAUGAAGUGAUUCGGGUUUGGAGUCUUAAGGAGCCGGAAGAGGAGGAGCCUGUUACAGAAGGAAGCGGUGGAAGUGGCAACAGUACCUGGGGAUUCGGCGUACCAAACACCAUGCGCCGAUCCCUCAAGGAGGAAUGGGAGUGCACGGCUGUUUUGCCAAAGGUGCAUAAGGGUGAUAUUUACUCGGUGGCGUGGAGCACGGAGACGGGAUUGUUGGCGAGUGUGGGAAGUGAUGGUGUUUUGGCGCUGUAUCAGGAGGCUACUACCAACACCACUACACCAGAGAAAACCGAGGACGUGGAGAUGACGAACGGUGACAACGCCCCAACAACUACUGCUCCUAAUGGUGGCUGGAAGGUUCUUACCACCGUCAAGAGUGCCCAUGGACCCUACGAGAUCAACCAUAUCACUUGGUGCAAGAGGUAUGAUGCUGGUUCGGAACGCAAGGGCGAGGAGGAGAUGUUGGUCACAACGGGUGAUGAUGGUGUUGUUAGGCCUUGGCAGGUUAGGAUACAAUGA